AUGACAGUUCUUGCGGAUGAUUGGACUGCUGUCACUCCGGACGAGAAGUCUUCCAAGGCAGCCUUCGAGAAGGCCUUCGUAACAGGACCAGAGCGUGUCAUCCAAGAUGCCGCGAAUCCCGACGGUGGAACCAAGAAAAAAUUCAUCCUUCAAACUGGCGGCUACUAUGAUCUCCAUACAUAUGUUAUGUCUGGGAUGGAAUUGCCUAAAACAAAUGCUGCCUUUGAGGCCAAAAUGGCAAAAUCAGCAUUUUCCGAAUUGAUCAACAUUGAUGCCGAGAUUUAUGAUCAAACGAGAGACACCAUUGUGGGCAUUUCAGAUUCGUGCCAUGGGUUCAACGAUAAGACGUUAGGAAAGCUGGUCGUUGCGUCCAAUGCUGCCAUCUCAUACUGCAAGGAGGCCAUAGACUCGCUCCAAGAUGAGGAAGAUAUAAAUUUGAAGGCGCACCUUGACGUCCUGUUGGAUGAAAAGUACAAGAAGCCCGAAAACAUUGAUGAAGAUUAUAAAGCAGCAAGGGAAUCAGCGCUUGCCGUCCUGGAUAAUCUCAAGGAAGAAGCGGAGAAGAAGAAGAAGGAAACGGACCAGAUCAUUCUCGAGUUAACUGCGUUUAAAAACAAAACCAUCUUGGACAAGGACAUGGUCGACUUUCUUCACAAGCAGUACGAGACUGGGCCCGUUACGACCCGCUCAACGGGAACGGAAAAAAAAGACGCCAAUGGAAAUAAGCAACAACCGUACGCGACAUUUCUGGAUGCCGAGGCGACUAAAGCGCUGAACGACUACAAUGAUGCCGUCACUAAAUCCAAGAAAGAAUGGGAUAAGUGGGUGAGGGCUACUGCGAUUGCAGCGACCACGGCGUGGUUCGGGCCAUUGGGAUGGAUUGCCAUGGGUAUCGAGACGGACGAAGCCAUCAAAGCCCGAGCAGCAUAUGAGGCCCAAGAGUCUAAAAAGAACGAGUCUCAGUCCAAACGAGCAGACAUUGUGAAGUUGCUGAAGCAUGUCAAAUUGCUGACUUUCCAAUUUAAUGAAUUGAUCCCCAAGAUGAGCUCGGCCAUCGAGGCCAUGGGAGAAUUGAGUAUGCUAUUUUCCACUCAAGCGGAAAGUUAUGAAACUCUUGGAACCCAUAUCAAGAAUAUUGCCAAGGGCGCCAAGGCUGAAUCGUGGAGAACUCGGAAGGCCUGGAUCUCAAAGCGAAUUGAAAAGGCAGUCGGGACUUUUAAAGAGAUCUUGCAAGCUGCUGAGGAAUUCCGGGCCUCAACGAACCUCCAGAAGAAGAUGCCUGGGAAGGCAUAAAGGGACACAUUGGUUUAUUUUUCUCAGACCAAUGUCACGGUGCUCGGGCAUUGUGAGGUAGUAGAAGACUCUUCCUCUACGAAGAAAGUCGGUCGUUGCGCAAGAAGGUAGUUUGCGUAGCCUCUUCGUGAAGCUAUUGGCCUCUGAGUAAAUUGUCAUCAAAUUUGAACAAAUCUGAAUGAAGUUUAUGUUCCGAAAAAUUAACAUAUUAUGUCAAGCGACCGAGUCAAAAGUGAAAUGAUAUGAGCGAUGGGGAAAUUCUUUGCCGUUGUCUCCACAUUUGGUCUGUUCUUGACGACAAACAUGUUCUCUGCUGCGGCUCUUGUACGUGAUUAUUUGCAAAACGUUGAUUGCAUAAUUUAGGUGGGUAGGAUACAACUCCGUAGAGCACUAAAGAAAAAGGGUCAGUAAUACGCAGGGUUCAAGUCUCCAAGCCUUAAAGAUGCAGCUGAGGAGCAGUUGUGACUACCGGUAGAGCUAAAAG